CCACCAAUUUCAUAAAAGCUCACUAAAAUUAAUGGGGUUUGGUCAACAUAUUCAUAUUAUAAUAGACACAGUCUUGGUGGCUUAAAAGUAACUAAAUGCUACGCUCCCUCUAUAAAAAGCUUAACAAUCCGAGAUUGAAAAGCCCAGAUCAGAAUUGGUCUAACAUAUUAAGUACUCUUAAGUUGAGUUUGGUGUUAAGAAACUAAAAAGGAAUGGCAGAGGAAGUGAAGUUGCUUGGGGUUUGGCGAAGUCCUUUUAGCCGCAGAGUUGAGAUAGGUCUGAAGCUAAAGGGUGUCCCAUAUGAAUUCAUAGAAGAAGAAGACCUGUUUGGGAAGAAGAGUGAUUUGCUCCUCAAGUACAACCCUGUCCACAAGAAAAUCCCUGUGCUCUUGCACAAUGGAAAGCCCAUUGCCGAGUCCGUCGUUAUUCUCGAAUACAUCGACGACACCUGGAAAGGCGGCCAUCCCAUCUUGCCCAAACAUCCUUAUGACAGAGCCAUGGCACGUUUCUGGGCUAAAUUCAUUGAUGACAAGUGUGCGCCUGCAAUAUGGAAGGCUAAUUGGAGCAAAGACAAGGAGAAAGAGGAGGCCAUGGAAGAGGCGCAUGAGCUGCUAAAAACACUUGAAAGUGAGCUCAAGGGUAAGAGGUUCUUCGGUGGAGACGAUAUCGGAUUGGUUGACAUUGUGGCUAAUUUCAUAGCUUUCUGGGCUGGUUUGAUCCAGGAAGUAAGUGGAACCGAAUUGCUGACAAGGGAGAAAUUUCCUGUUUUAUUUAAAUGGAUCGACGAAUAUGUUAAUUGCAGUGUCAUCAAGGAAAAUCUGCCUCCCAGAGAUAAACUAACAGCCUUUUUCCGAGCUCGAUUUGGUGGUGAUUCCAAAUAAGCAGUUCACUGAUGCUGCAUUUGCUGCUCAAACUCUUUGGCAAAUAAGCACUAGUGUCUAGUAGUUGUUAUGUCCAGUAUUGUUGUGUGUUUGUUUGACAAGUUUGGUACUGUUCUUUGUUAUAAUGUAUGAUGUGUUUGUUUAUUACUCCUGUUUCAUUUCAAUCAUUUUAGAUCAAAAUGGUGUGUUCUGUUGACAAGGUGGUUCAAUAGUAUCCUUAUAAAAAACUUUCUGUAUUAGUUUUUGGA